AUGAAGUUCCUCUCGACCGCCCUCUGCUUGGCCUCAUCUGUGCUGGCUCUUCCCAGCAUUGGCAAGGCCGACGCGGCACUUGUUCCGCGGCAGUCGGCCAUCCAGAUCACCGAUCAGUACCUUUUCGACCUCACUCUUCCUGCCUUCACAGCCAAGCGUAACGCCCGCGAUCCCCCGUCCCUGAUCUGGGACUCGGACGGCUGCAGCUCCUCUCCGGACAACCCGUUCGGCUUCCCCUUUGUUCCCGCUUGCCACCGCCAUGACUUCGGAUAUCGCAACUACAAGGCCCAGAACCGGUUCACGGAUGCCGGCAAGCUGAGCAUCGACGACAACUUCAAGAGCGACGCGAAGACCGCGUGCCGGGCCCUAGCCGAUGUCUACUAUGCUGCGGUGAGGGCGUUCGGUGGCAGUACCCAAGACAAGCGCGAUGACGACCUCGUCAAGAUCUACGAGGAGAAGGUGGCUAUCUAUAACAAGGCCGUCGAGGAGGCUCAGGCCAAGGGCGAACUUUGGACUCUCGACUAA